AAGGGAACUUUGUUUUUUAUUGGAGGGCAGAAGUUUGAUCAUUGAAUUUCAAACGCUAAAAUUGAAACAGUUGAGUUUCAACAUUGAAUUUCAAACACCUAAACCGUGUUGGCUAUCGGGACGAGAAAAGCAAAUGUCGACUUUGAGCGUUCCGCCGGUUCUUACCUCUCCUAGAGACGAUGCUAUUCAGCUUUACCGUGCUUUCAAGGGGCUGGGAUGUGAUACUGCUGCAGUGGUCAAUAUUCUUGCCCAUCGGGAUGCAACUCAGCGUUCUUUCAUUCAACAUGAGUAUAGAGCAAUGUAUUCUGAUGAUCUUCUCAAACGACUGGCUUCAGAGCUUAGUGGAAAAUUAGAGAAAGCUGUCUUGCUAUGGAUGCAUGAUCCCGCAGGACGUGAUGCAAUCGUCAUUAGGCAGGCAUUUUUAGCAGAUGUAACAAAUCUUGAUGCUGCAACUGAAGUUAUAUGUUCUCGCACCCCAUCCCAGAUUCAAUUAAUUAAACAAAUUUACCAUUCAAAGUUUGGGGUUUUUCUUGAGCAAGAUAUUGAAGGACACACCUCUGGUGAUCAUAAAAAGCUCUUGCUUGCAUAUGUAAGUACCUCUCGUUAUGAAGGCUUUGAAGUUGAUAGAGAGAUGGCUCUGAAGGAUGCAAAGGCCCUCUUUAAAGCAGGAGAGAAGAAAUUGGGAACUGAUGAGAAAACUUUUAUCCGCAUAUUUAGUGAAAGAAGUAGGGCACAGCUAGCAGCUAUUAGCUCCGCUUAUCAUGACAUGUAUGGAGGCUCCUUGAAAAAGGCAGUGAAGAGUGAAACAUCUGGGAAGUUUGAGCAUGGUCUCUUGACAAUUUUAAAAUGCUCAGAGAAUCCUGCAAAGUACUUUGCUAAGGUACUGCGUAAGGCAAUGGAAGGUCUGGGAACUGAUGACACUACACUUAUAAGAGUAAUUGUGACAAGAACUGAGAUUGAUAUGCAGUAUAUAAAAGCCGAGUACCUGAGGAAAUACAAAAAGACCUUGAAUGAUGCAGUUCACUCAGAAACAUCGGGCCACUACAGGACUUUUCUUCUCUCUCUUUUGGGACCGAAUCAUUAGUGUAAAGGAUGUGAAUAUGGUUAAGUACUUGGAAUCUAAGCAUUGUGUCUGUAAAUAAUGGAAACAAAACACCGUAUGUGUGAAUGAUGUUUAAGUGGAUGCAGUUCCUUUUGCAUAUCAUGAUGUAUUUGUCAAAAAUUGGUAAAACGGAAAGUGAUUGCUGAGUUGGUUAGGUGAUGACCGGCGGUGUAAAAGGUCUCAAAAUGGAGUUGUGACCACUAUCUUUAGAGAUAGAGUGCAUGUAGGCGAAACUGGUUAGAUGAUUGCAUGUGAUGGGAGGGUUUUCACGUUGUUCUGUCUGAAUACUACUUUUAGUUGAUCUUUAAGGUGCAUAUAUGUAAUAUAUUGCUUUUGCCAGACUGGAAGUCAGAUAUAUGUGCUGUCUUUUUGCUUGAUUUGUUCACGUCUGUCGAGUCCAUGGUGAAACUCAUAUAGGAGAGAUACCCCCGCCGUGCCAAUAAAUUUGUCAUUUUUGAGUUUUAAAAUUGUCUCAUUCAAAAUGUCAUUUUAAAAGCGUCAACAAAUCUUAACAUCAUAUUUCCUUUGUACUUUAUUAUGCUUCAAUUUUAAAAUUAUUAAAAAAAAUUUAACAUUAACCUUUUUACAUCAUUAUACUAAGCAGUCACGUAAAUUAAAA